AUGAAAAAGGAAGAAGGUCCGGGAUGGAAGAACUUCAUACCCAUCACAAAGUGGUUACCAAGUUAUGAUGUAAAGCAGAAUCUGAUUAAUGACAUCAUUGGUGGCAUCACAGUUGGAAUACUUCACGUUCCACAGGGUAUGGCAUACGCUUCAUUAGUCGGUUUGAAACCAGUCUAUGGAUUGUAUACCUCUCUUUUCCCAUCUCUCAUCUAUAUGUUUUUUGGAACGAGCAGACACGUUUCUCUAGGUGUAUUUGCGGUGGUCAGUUUGAUGUGCGGGUCGUGUAAUUUACGAGUAACCCAAGAACUCGUGGCAAGCAGCGGGUCGAACUUGACCAAAGCAGAAAUUGAAGGAAUUUCGGUGGAUGUUGUGAAGUCAUUGGGGUUGGCCAUAGGCAUAAUUCAAAUCAUCAUGGGUCUCGUCAAAGCGGAUUAUCUCAUUUCAUAUUUAUCGGACCAGAUCAUUCUGGGUUUUACGACAGGCGCAGCAGUACACGUUUUGACAGCUCAACUGAAUAAAAUUCUCGGAGUCGCAUUGCCACGUCAUACUGGAAUAGGAAAACUUUUUUAUAUCUAUACUGAUUUGAUAAACGCAAUACUGGAAGAUAAAGUGAACAAGAUCACUUUGACAGCUUCUAUUGUGGCCAUCCUAAUUUUGUAUAUUGCGAAAUAUCACCUCACCCCAGCUUUAUGUGCCAAGACUCGAAUUCCAAUACCUUAUGAUCUUUUCUUAAUUGUCGUGGGAACAGCUGUCUCGAGUUUCUUUGCGGUCAAUACGAAUUAUCAUGUGAAGAUUGUUGGACACAUUCCUACUGGAUUUCCAUCACCAGCGGUGCCAGAUGUGAAAUUAUUCUGGAAAGUGAUUGGUGACGCUGUGGCUAUAGCAAUUGUCUCGGUGGUAGUUACAGUAUCCAUGGGAAAAGUAAUAGCCAAGAAGCACAAUUACGUUAUAGAUGUCAGACAAGAAUUUUUUGCUCUUGGAAUAGUUGCUUCCUUCUGUUCAAUGUUUCCUUGUUGGCCUGCUUCCACAGCUUUGGCUAGAACUUUAAUCAAUGAUAAUGCAGGAACCAAAACACAGAUCUCAGCAAUAUUUGCAGCAUCGGUAUUGACAUUGGUUCUUUUUUUCAUUGGACCACUCUUGGAGCAUUUGCCAACGUGUUUCCUCUCAUGCAUUGUUAUUGUUGCACUGCGAGGAAUGUUCCUACACCUUCAAAACUUUGUGACUCUUUGGAAAGUUUCUAAAUAUGAUUGGGCAAUAUUCUCAAUCACGUUCUUCUCAACAGCGUUUCUAGAUGUUGUCCCAGGUCUAUUAAUUGGAACAGUCUCAGCAAUAUUGUUUUCUAUUCUAAGAAUACAGAGAUCAAGUCCUACACUUCUGGAAAAUGAUGAGUGCGAGUCUGGAGAAACGAGUGUGCUCUUUUUUGCAUCGUCACUUUUCUAUUUCAAUUGCGAGCGAUUUGAAAAGAAAGUUCAUAAAAUAGUGGCAGACUUGACUGGAGAACAAGCUUUGCAGGAGCAGGCGGAAAAUAUUCCAAUGUUGCCAGAAAAAGUUAGGGAGAGAGUUCUGAUUUUCGACAUGCGUGGAGUUUCCAAUAUUGAUCUUUCUGGUGCAAAUACAUUGAUUAAAAUUAGUCAGGAACUGAAAGCAAAACACAUUAUUUUAAAAAUAAGAGAUCCAAGUGAAAACGUCUCGUCCUUCCUAAGCGGAGUCCCGAAUACGGAUAAUCUUUUCGAAUCAUGA